AUGUCUCAAGCCUGGACAUCUGGCGCAUGUGAGGCACCUCACUGUACCACAUGCGACCAGCCUCAUGCGACCCGCUACUGCCCCCGAGCAGAGGAGAACACCAUCUCCGAAGUGGUGAAUGAACAUAUCACUGCUGACGGCGGCAUUAUCAGAGAUGUAUUCAUGGCGAGUGGUAUAAGCAAAGAACAGGGGAAACGAGUGGCUUUUCGACCCCAGAACCAAGUUUCUCGCGAGCCCCCGGCAAGCAUGCGUUCAUAG